UCCGCUGUCGUUAUCGUCGUUUGCUUCUCUGGGAAGCAAAGAAAGAAGCCUGAGGUCGGUUCGCAACUCUGUCGAAAACCUAACGUCGAUUUUCUGCACCUACGAGGAAGCCUUGUCUUCGAUCCGCUUCUCCAUCCUCUCUCUCUCUCUCUCAACGCGGAGUCUCUCUCCUGCGAUUGUCCGAACUGAGAUGGCGCCUAAACCUUUGACGACCGAUGCUAUUGCUCUUACGGAGAAGAAAAUGGACAUGACUCUAGAUGAAAUCAUCAAAAUGUCCAAGCCUGCAAAUAAAGCCAAGAACUUUAGACCUUCUAAUAAAAACCAGAGAAAUUUUAGAAAUGCUGCCAAUGAAAAAUCCCUGAAGUUUCGACACUUCAUGGACACAAGAUCAUCUGUUAGACAGGGAGCUCUUGCUUGGAAAAGAUCAAAUUUUCAACCAAACCAUUUUCCUUUGGCAACUGAAGCUGCAAGAAAGGCUGGGGUCAAUCCUUUUGGUGGAAGAGCUUUUAACCGCAAUAGAAUAGCUAAUGCAAAUAGGCCAAGGGCUGGAGCUGUGGUCAGUCAGAAGAGGAUUGUAAAUGGAGCUGUAGCUGCAAAGCAGCAGAAAGAGAAUGAAAGCAAUGCAGGCGCCAAGCAGAGACCUAAGACACUGGAUUCUCUGUUUGCUGAUCUGAAGGAGCAGAGGAUGAAGGCCGUGCCACGUCAGAUCAAUACAGUGCCUCGCCAGACCAAUACAGUGCCACGUAAUCAGGGUGGCCGCCCAAUUCCCCCGUGGCACAGAGCUCGAUUCAGAAACUAAUCCGUGCCCCAGUCAAGUUGCAGCUGGAACAAAGUGCCGUUUUCCCAGAGCUCAAUAGUGAAGACAUGUUCUUGGUGCCGGUGUCUCCCUACACAUCUAUUUGUUGCUACCUUUCGGAACCUAGCAGUGCCCCAGCGGAAGUGUAGUUUUCAUCGAGAUGAUUUGGUGUGGCCAUAGUAGUGGCCAUGUCUGUAAAAAGUCUUUACUCAUUUUGGUUUUGCCGAUUGACAUGUCAUUAUCAACAUUGAUUAGGCAAAAGCUUGUGAUGUUUCCUUUUUGCAGAAGCUGAACUCUUUCAAUAUUAUAAUAUCUCGUGUUGGGUGAGAUAA